UGGGAAAAUGAGGGACCUUUGUGAUGGUGCUGAUUUUGGAGUGGGCAAACAUCCACUUUUUUCCUUAAAUUAUAAGGCUAUCCAAUUAAUUUUAUAUUAUGAUGACUUCGAAGUUUCCAAUCCACUAGGAUCAAAAGCUGUUGUACAUAAAAUUGGUGCCUUCUAUUGGGUGUUAGGAAAUUUCCAUCCCAAGUAUAGAUCAUGCCUAAAAAAUUUGAAUCUUUUGAUUCUUUGUCCAGUCAAGUGGAUUAAGAUGUAUGGUAUGGAUAAAGUCCUCAGGCCAUUCAUGAGUGACCUUGCUAUGCUUGAAUCAGAGCAUGGCGUACAACUCAAUAUAGCAAAUCAAAUUAUUCCAAUUAAAGGAACAUUAAGUGUAGUAGUUGCAGAUAACCUUGGUAGCAAUUCAAUUGGAGGUUUCAUGGAGAGUUUCAGUGCAAAUCGGCCGUGUAGGUUCUGUCUGGGCACAUCGGUGGAAUUUCAAGAAAGGUUUUCUGAAGAAUUAUUCACAAUGAGAUCCCGAGAAAAUUAUGCUAGGCAGGUGGAUUUGGUUUCCACUGAUCCAGAAUCAGCUUCUGUAUAUGGUGUGAAAAAGAACUCAGCCCUAAAUGCUUCUAAAUAUUUUCAUGUUGUUGAUGGACUUCCUUCUGAUAUCAUGCAUGAUAUCUUAGAAGGUGUACUUCCUUUCCAAAUUAAAGUGAUGUUGAGAAAAUUCAUCAUGGUGGAUAAAUUUUUCACACUUGAUCAGUUCAACCAUGCGCUUUCAGCAUUCCCAUAUGGUGUUUGUGACAUCAAGAACAAACCAAGCUUGGUAAAGAAUGUCAAUCUUAGUGAUUACCAUUUACGCCAAUCAGCAUCACAAAUGUGGUGUCUUUCUAGAAUCCUGCCAUUUUUGGUUCACAAAUGGAUACCAGAAGGAAAUGAUGACUGGGAAUUGUUCACUGAUUUAAUGCAUAUUGUUGAUAUAUUGUUUGCCCCAGUGAUUGAGAAAGGUACUACACUCUAUCUUCGGCUCAUAAUCAGCGAGUAUCUGGAACAGUUUAAAAGGCUCUAUCCUGAAAGGAAACUUAUUCCAAAACAGCAUUUCAUGGUUCAUUACCCAAACCAAAUUCUAAGAUAUGGACCCCUUGUGCGCAACUGGUGCAUGCGCUUUGAGGCUAAGCAUCAUUAUUUUAAGCUUUUGGCGCAGACUGUAGGUUGCUUCAAGAAUAUAGCAAAGACAUUAGCUACCAGGCACCAACGGCUUCAGUGUUACUGGCUUAGUGACAGUGAUGGCUAUUUAAGGAGUGAUACUGAGGUUGGACCAGGUAAAGUUUUUUAUGUGAAGGAUCUGGAAGAGAAAGAAUGCACCUCACUGUGCCAGUUGGGCAACAAUUUGGAUCAGAAUUCAACUGUGACACUGUUGAAUUGGGUGAAAGUCAAUGGAUACAAGUAUAAAAAGAAUAUGAUCAUAAUCUAUCAGCAAUUAAUUUUUCCUGUGUUUCUUUUUAUACAUAAUGUUUUUUUAUGCCAAACAUGGAUGUUAUGUUUUCUUGCAAGAAAGUAAAUACAGUUGCUUUUAGCAGGCACAUUCAUUGCUAUGAGGUUGAAGUUUUGGAAGAAUUUGUGCCCUUAUUAUUUUCUGGGAUGCUAGAUCAUCAUCCUCUAGAUCUUUAUACCAUCGUUGUAAAUAGAGAAUCAAAACACUUUGUAAGAAUGAAGUACGACCUAUCUGAUGCUGAACAAUAGUAUACAUGUGUUAAAGAAAUUAUUAAACAUAAUAAAGAAAUUCAGUAAAUAAAUGAAUUGUCUGACUCAUGAU